UGAGGGGUCCCACACACCCGCUGCGGAGGGUCCGUGUCAAGAGCGGCAGGGGCUGCUUGGAGACACUGCCUUCCCCAUAAUGGCAGAGAUGGUGGCAGAAGCAGCUGAGAUGCCAACACAGUCACCAGGAGCAGUGGACAUUUCGACACCUGUGUCAGGAGAACUGGCAGAGAUGGCAACCGCUGUGACUGAGAUGACCCCUGGGGAGGCGCUGGCCUCCUCCCUCUUCUUCCAGCACCACCAGUUCAUGUGCUCUGAGUGUGGCAGCCUCUACAACACCCUGGAGGAAGUCCUCUCCCACCAGGAACAGCACCUGCCCACCAUGUCAGAGGAGGAGGUGCUAACCGCCCAGGACACGGGCCUGGAGCCUGAGCUAGUGCCUGACACUGGGGACGGACCUUUCCAAUGUGGUGAAUGCAGCCAGCUCAUCCUCUCCCCCAGUGAGCUCCUGGCACACCAGGAUGCCCACCUGCAGGAGUCUGCAAGCCAGAUCCAGUACCAGUGUGGUGACUGCCAGGAGCUCUUCCCCUCACCUGAGCUGUGGGUGGCUCAUCGAAAGACUCAGCACCUUUCCAGUACAGCUGAUGAGCCACCAGUGCCACCUCCUUUGCCUCCCCCAACACCACCACCCCUGCCACCAGAAGUCAAGAUGGAGCCCUAUGAGUGUCCUGAGUGCUCUACCCUCUGUGCCACCCCUGAAGAGUUCUUGGAGCAUCAGGGCACCCACUUUGACUCCCUGGAGAAAGAAGAGCGCAAUGGGUUAGAAGAGGAGGAGGAAGAGGAGGAGGAGGAGACCGAUGAGGAGGAAGCAGUUGCAGAGCUCACUGCUGAUGAUAUGGGAGGUGACAAGGCCAUGGCUGAUAGAGCUCAGAGUUGUGGAGAUUGUUCCCAGCACUGUACCACUUCAGCUGCACGCCGCCGACACCGACGGGCAUCUCGUAGUCCAGUGUCUGCCACCCUCCCCUUCCACUGCAGCCAAUGUCAGCGCAGCUUCAGCUCUGCUAACCGUCUGAUGGCGCAUGGACGAGCCCACGUGGGUGGUACCCAUGAAUGUACCACCUGCUCCAAGGUGUUCAAGAAAGCAGCCUCUCUGGAGCAGCACCAGCGGCUGCACCGUGGGGAAGCCCGCUACCUCUGUGUGGACUGUGGCCGUGGCUUUGGCACUGAGCUCACGCUGGUUGCCCAUCGGCGAGCCCAUACUGCCAACCCAUUACACCGCUGUCGCUGUGGCAAGACCUUCAGCAACAUGACCAAGUUCCUCUACCACCGACGAACUCACACUGGGAAAAGUGGAACCCCCACCAAAGUAGCAACUGUCUCCCCAGCUCCAGCUGAGCCCACGCCCCCACCUCCACCCCCAUCUGUCCAGCUGCCCUGUCCACAGUGCCCCAAGUCCUUUGCCUCAGCCUCCCGGCUUUCUAGGCACCGACGCGCAGUGCAUGGCCCCCCUGAACGCCGACACAGGUGUGGGAUUUGUGGCAAGGGCUUCAAGAAGCUGGUCCAUGUGCGCAACCACCUGCGGACACACACAGGCGAGAGGCCCUUCCAGUGUCACUCCUGCGGGAAGACCUUCGCCUCUUUAGCCAACCUGAGCCGCCACCAGCUGACCCAUACAGGUGUGCGUCCCUACCAAUGCCUGGACUGUGGCAAGCGCUUCACACAGAGCUCCAACCUGCAGCAACACCGGCGGCUACACCUACGACCAGUAGCCUUUGCGCGUGCCCCUCGCCUUCCCAUAACUGGUCUCUACAACAAGAGCCCCUACUACUGUGGAACCUGCGGCCGCUGGUUCCGUGCCAUGGCAGGCCUACGACUGCACCAGCGGGUCCAUGCCCGAGCUAGAACAUUGACACUACAGCCUCCUAGAUCACCCUCUCCGGUCCCACCCCCACCCCCUGAGCCUCAGCAGACUAUCAUGUGCACAGAGCUUGGGGAGACCAUCGCCAUCAUCGAGACAUCCCAGCCACUGGCCCUGGAGGACACACUGCAGCUGUGCCAGGCAGCACUGGGGGCCAGUGAAGCCAGUGGACUGUUGCAGUUGGACACGGCGUUCGUGUGACAGAAUGCAGGAGCAAUGAUAAAAGGGUUCGCUUACAAGACAGAGCAGAGGCAGCUCAGGGGAGACCACCAGAUGUCAGGAUCCACCCUGCUGGCCUCUUCUAACUCCUGACUCCUCAGACCAAGGACAACCCUGCCAGGUUUCUCCUGUCACCUUUCUCUGCCCAAGGUGAAACUGAAGCUCUGCGAAGUGAUGUGAUCGACCUCAGCCCCUGCUGCUGCGUUGCAGGAUGGGGUUUGCCAAGGCUCUUUGCACGGCAUCACCCAGUGCUCAGCAACAUCAGGUAACCUUUAUGAGCACCAACCAUAUGCCAGACACUCUCAUAUACCUCUCAGAUCUUCUGCUUGUAAACCCUAACCCCCCCCCACUUCCCUGGACUUUGGGUGCCUGGGACUUAGCUCUGCUGGGUACAGAUAGUUUCUCUGGGCUUGCUCCUUCUUAUUUGACAGUAUAAAAAGAAAUCUUUAGGUACCCCCAGUACUCAGCUCAGACUAGGUGAUGUUGAAGAGCCAGGAGUGAACCAGCUCUGAACUCAGGCAUGCUCAGUCCAGCAGGAGCAACAGACUAAUGUACAGACAGACAGCUUGCCUGAGUGCAGCGCAUUCAGCCUGUGUGCUCAAGGCACACACGUGCCAUGGUGCUAUGGGCCAGAGGCAGCGAGUUAGGCCUGAGGAUCCCUGGGCUGUGAUGGGAAAGUGUAGGGACAGUGGGAUCUGAGAAUAGGGAGCAAGCCUCCAUGGGAGGUGACCAAGAGUGAGGGAUUCCUAGUGGCACCAGUUCCCGAAGUAAAGCAGGAAUAUGUCAGUGGAAAAGGACAUUUUAGACAGACUAUCCAGUUAUAACUGAAGUGAACUGGCUGACAGGCGUAGGCGGGACACUUAGUGUUUGUGCAUCAUCCCUGUUGUAUGAGUAAGGAGACGGGUCAGAGAAUCGCCCCAGCUCUCAGGUCUCUGAAGAAGACCUGAAACCCAAACAGCAGCUGAUGGCAGGGGAUAUAUUCUAUUCUCCUUGGAGAAGGCAGUGUCAUGGAGCAUUUGAGAUUUGAGGGGGCCUUGGAAACAGGAAGGGAUUGUAUUUUUUCAUAGGGUGUCCUUCCUCUCCCUAAGAUGAGUAUAGGAGACCAGUGGGGCAGGGCUCCCCCAAGCCUCAGCAGACCAUGGUGCUCCAACAAGUGGUGCAGGAUGCUGCUGGGGCUGGGCAUUGUCUGAGAGAUAAGCCCAGGCCUUGGAAAUUGAGGUGAGUUGUUGUUGAAGGAAGGAAUGUCACAGGGAGGGUGUCAUGUCUCCCUGGAUCAGAGCACGGAGAGUGGGAGGUUGGCAAUGGUCCAAGAGAGAUGAGCAGAACUGAGUAGGGACAUUAGGGUCCGAUGGGUAAGACAGCCCCAGUGACCACAUAGUCAACCAGUAGGUCCAUCCCUUAAUCCAAACUAGCCAUUCUCACCGUACUUUAUAAUUGGUUUGAGCAAAAGAUCUGUCCUACAGGGUAGACAGGCACCCCUGUGGCUGAUGGAAGCAUCUAGCAGAGCCCAGAAUAUUAGAAUCCCUCAUGGAUAUGUUUCAAAAUUCCUUUUUGUGCGUCGUUAGAAUCCUUCAGGAGGACCCAAAGUUGCUCCCUCCCUUUCUGGAGCCUUCUACCCACUCACUGUUUGGCACCAUGUGGAGAUACCAUUUCCUUCUGCUAUGGUCCCCACCAUCUGGCUCCAGCAUAUUUUAAAAGUCAAGGGGAAAAGCCAGGCAAGGUGGCACAAGCCUGCAAUCUCAGCAUUUGGAAGCCUAAGGCAAAAUCAUCUCCAGUUCCAGGCAGACUUGGACUAUAACUGGAAGACCACCUCAAAAAAACAGAAAAGCUAAGCUACCUCCACCUUCCCAAGGUCACCACUUCCCAAUAUCCCUAAGAGAAGUGAGGCAAGUGUAUACCCUGCUUCAGGCAGUUACACCCCAGGAAUCUGUCCACACAUACCACCCCACUGAGUCCUACAGGCAGUUAGCCUGAGACUCAUCAUCCAGGAUCCCACUGGGCCCUGCUGCAGACAUCCCUUUGUUCAGGUCCUGACUCUGCCUCUUAAAUUCUGGGGUUUCAACCGCUCUGAAUCCUAAUCUCACUGAUCACCCAGGAUGGAGACCUUGCCCCAGCUGAAGCAGAUGAUUUGUGCCAGGUCAUGGACAGGCUCGUAAGCACUGGUGGUUUAGGGGUUUCCAGCCUCAGUGUCCCCCUGCCUGAGGUACAACUCAUUCCAAGCCCCGAACCCCCUCACCUCUGUGGAAACAGGCAGCCAGACAGGAAGAAGGGUUUCAUGCCAAUAAUUUAUUGAACGGAGGUCUGUACACAGGCAAACCUUACUGUGGAAACUAAGACACCAGGGGCUCUUUCCCUACUCCCUCCUUCCAGGAUAGGGAGAGGGUAGAAGCCUUGGGAGCAGAAGACAAGAGGGGGAUACAGCUGAGGGGAGGGGCAGGUUGGAUGGUGUGAAUCGACGUUUUUCUUUAAGAAAAAAAUUAUAACAAUCUAUUUACACCCAGGGGGCCAGGGAAGGGAAAAGGUGGGCUGGGCUGGUUCUAUUUACAAGGGACAUGGGAGGGGGAAAGGAGUGGUAGCCUGGGGGAGGGGAGGGGACCAAGGGGGUAGAAGGUCCUCAUAGCCCUAAACCCCCUGUCCUUCCUUCUCUUCCCUCCCCACAACCAGUUAAAAUCCUCUUUAAAAAGCCCACCAACAAAGGUAAGGCUGAGGAGGGAGGGCCUAGAUGUUAGGGGUAGGAGUUCAUUUACCUCUGCCCUCUAGUCUAGGGGCCCAGCCAGGGCAGGAGCUUGAUGAGGCUAUGCCCCCCCCUUCCCAGCCCCACUUGGGAAUUCCCAGAUGGAUGUGGAGGGGUAGUCGGUGGGGCCCUCAAGAAGAGUUAGCCAGGGUAGGUGCGGCAUCAGGUGCCUGCCAGUCUGGGCCGGUCUGAGUCUCAGUUAAAGCUGGAGGAGGGAGGAGGAGACAGUUAGCUUCUGCAUCACCCCCACAGCCAUGGCCGUGAGAAUAGAACUUGAUUCAAGACACUGCAAGAAGCUGACAGCUGUCAC